AUGGUGGCUCUGCUCAGACACGCAGCUUCACAUCCGCCCUGGCUUGGAUCAUGCCGUAAUCAUCUGACUGGUAGCCUCACAGAGAUCCCCUAUGAGGCCAUCCUGACCCAGACCCAGACCCUGGAGGUGCUGGACCUGAGCUACAACCUGCUGCAGGAUCGCCUGGAGAAGCUGAGUACUCUGGUCCUGGACUGUAACUGCUACACGUCCCACGUCAAGUUCCCGUUCAUGGACACGCUAACCACUCUGUGCAUCAACAAGAACAACAUCAACAACCUGCCGCUGUUCGUGGAUGAGGUCAAGAAGAAGUUUCCCAGCAUCAGGUAA